GUCACCACCGUCCUCGACUCCUUGAAAAUCCGAUUAUUGCCCACAUCCUCUCAUUCCUUGUUUGGUUACCGAGAAACUACGAGAAAACAGAGAGAGAGAGAACCGAACCCAGGACAUCUUGUCUUAGAUUUCUCUCAUAUAAAACAAUACCCACCUCCCAAUUUGUGGUCUUGUUCCAGUAUUCAGCUUUCUCAGGGCUCUCCGUGCACAGAGCCAACUCUGAGGCCAGCAAAGCCACAAUUUUACACAAGGUUGUUGUGGAAUCAAGAUGUUGAUGUUGACUGCAAAUACUGUAGCCACCCAACCUCAAUUACUACUAGUAAAAACAGAGGUGCAUAAUAAGCAUACUGGAUGUAAUCCAAUGAAAGUGUUCAUGUCAUUUCAACACAAUGGAAAAACAAGCUCACUUAAGGUUGCAGAACCUGGACCGCUAGGGCUUGGUGCCCAAUUUUUGACUAUUAAUAGUAGAAGACGUAUCAUGCAUUCUAGCCGAACGCAGUCUGCUUCUGUUAUAUGUCAGUCCGCUUUGAAUGCAAGAUGUGGUGCCGAGCAAACUCAAACAGUUACACGCGAGGCUCCAACAAUUACUCACAUUCCUGGGAAGGAAAAAUCACCACAACUUGAUGAUGGUGGGUCUGGAUUCCCACCCCGUGAUGAUGGUGAUGGUGGCGGUGGAGGCGGUGGAGGUGGUGGCAAUUGGUCUGGUGGAUUCUUCUUCUUUGGUUUUCUUGCCUUUCUAGGAUUCUUGAAGGAUAAGGAAAGUGAGGGGCCAUAUCGCGAUGAGAGGAGAAGAUGAAAGAAUGAUCGGAUGUCAUCACUAGUUUUGGAGGCAAUUCACAUUGUAGCUUUAAGCUUAUUGCGCUGUAUUCUUUCUGUAUCACUUUUGCCAUCCUAAAAAUGGGUGUGCUUACGUUUAACAUGCCUACUCUAAAUGGUUUUACUUCUUCAUAUAUAGAAAAGAUAAGCUUGAGUUUUA